AUGGGAGCCUCUAGAUUUGUUUCGCGAGAUUUAUUCAGCUGGCUUACUGGGGAAUCUGCGAGUUCUCUUCCUCCUCUGGACACCCCACAUAGAGGGUUUCCCCCGCCAGCUUCACUGCCAGAUUAUAUUGAACCAGGCAAGACCAAGAUCACAACUCUCUCAAAUGGUCUAAAAAUAGCAUCAGAAACUUCACCAAACCCUGCUGCCUCAAUAGGGUUAUAUGUUGACUGUGGUUCCCUCUAUGAGACGCCAUUGUCAAGCGGGGCAUCGCACCUGCUAGAGAAAAUGGCUUUCAAGAGCACGACAAACCGAAGCCACUUUCGUGUUGUAAGGGAAGUGGAAGCAAUUGGGGGUAAUGUAGGAGCCUCAGCCUCUCGGGAGCAAAUGGGCUAUACUUUUGAUGCUCUGAAAACCUAUGUUCCACAAAUGAUUGAAUUACUUGUUGACUGUGUACGGAACCCAGCGUUCUUGGAUUGGGAGGUCAGCGAAGAGAUUCGAAAGGUGAAAGCAGAGAUUGGGGAACUAACAAACAAUCCCCAGGGCCUACUUAUGGAGGCAGUUCACUCUGUUGGUUAUUCUGGAGCAUUGGCUAUUCCACUUUUGGCUUCUGAAUCAGCACUGAACAGAUUAAAUGGUUCCAUUUUAGAGGAAUUUGUUGCCGAGAAUUAUACUGCACCUAGAAUGGUACUUGCGGCAUCUGGGGUUGAGCAUGAAGAACUUCUAUCCGUUGCUGAACCACUUCUCUCUGAUCUACCAAAUGUUCCACAUUCUCAAGAACCAGGUUCUACAUAUGUUGGGGGUGAUUUUCGUCGUCACGGUGAAUCGGGGGCUGCACAUGUAGCUAUUGCCUUUGAAGUGCCUGGAGGCUGGAAAAAAGAGAAAGAAGCAAUUGUUUUGACUGUUUUACAGAUGCUUAUGGGAGGAGGUGGAUCAUUCUCAGCUGGGGGACCUGGAAAGGGAAUGCACUCAAGGCUGUAUCUUCGUGUCUUGAAUGAAUAUCAACAGAUUCAAUGUUUUUCUGCAUUUAACAGUCUCUUCAACAACACAGGGUUAUUUGGCAUAUAUGCAACCACGAGCUCUGAUUUUGUGACAAAAGCUGUUGACCUAGCAGCCGAAGAAUUAAUAGCACUCGCAUCACCAGGACAAGUUUCACAGGUACAGCUUCACCGUGCCAAGGAAUCCACGAAGUCUGCAGUACUAAUGAAUUUAGAAUCCAGAAUGAUUGCAUCAGAGGAUAUAGGAAGGCAGAUAUUGACUUAUGGAGAAAGGAAGCCAGUGGAGCAGUUCUUAAAGGCAGUAGAUGCAAUCACUUUGAAUGAUAUUACUAAUUUUUCUGAGAAGAUUAUUUCCUCGCCUCUGACUAUGGCAUCCUAUGGGGAUGUUCUGAAUGUCCCCGGUUAUGAAACCGUUAGGAGCAAGUUCCAUGCAAAAUGA